GCGGAGUUGCCAGCAGCCAUUGCCAUGCUAAAGAGGCAGGCGGACCACCCCAACACCAUCACGAUGGUCGAGCGGCUGCUGCUGGUACGGCCACGAGUGGUGUGGCAGCCACCUCAGGACGAGAUCCUGUCCUCUGUCAAGUGGUUGCUGGGGAAUGGUUCUAUGCCCUUUCACAACGAUGAGCUGUUCACUGACGGCUCGGCUUUCGACCUGAACAUCGAUUACGGCAUGGCCCGCUGUGCGGUGGUGCAGAUUCCACUAGGGCCUGGAUGGUAUUACCCUGGUCCGAAGUGCGCCAUUCGCGCCCUGGGUUCGCCAUUGAUGGGGAUGCACCAAUCCGUAGAAGGUGCUGAUCUCCUCGCCGUGCUCAUUCUUCUUCGUCACAGCUUGGCGCCCAUCACGGUGCGGAUUGAGGCCAGUUAUGUGGUUGACGGCCUCCUGGUGCGUGGGCCUGAGGGUACUUGUGGUGCUUCCCACAGCUGGGCGCUCCUGUGGCGGAUGGUGUGGCGUGCCAUCGAAGAUUUCGGUGGGCUCGGUCCUGACGGGCUCACUGUGCUCAAAGCCGACGAGUGGGCCAAGCACGCCACUCGUCCGUACGCAUUGGGCGAAGCUGACAGGACCAAGAUCAGGCGCUCGCACUUGCUGGUGGACGGCGUUGUGGCCUGGGUGUCCUGUGCUGGUGCCCCUGCGUCAGCCGCCCGUGACGACAUUGACACUAAUGUGGUUAUCAAGCUGCCGCCGAAGGUUCGUCUCAGCCUCACGGAGCACGACUUCGUGGUCGAGGCGAGCUGCUGGCAGUGCUCAAGGUGUGGACGGUACGCUGCCACCGAGCAUUCCAAGCGGAAGCUGUUCAGCCUGUCCUGCAUUCCACGGCCUGUGUCGAGUGCCCCGCGCUCGGCCGACACGUCAGGCAUGAAACGACCUGCAGCUGCGGCGGGGCUUGCGGCGACCGCCGCCGUUGCUGCGGCUGCUUCAGCUGCUUCGCAGUUCGGCGGCAGUACGGCUGCUCCAGCUGCUAGCGCUGGAGACGACGGUGCUGCUCGGCGCGAUAGUGAUGAUCAGCAGGCGUCAGCAGCGGCGUCGAGUGAUGCAGGCGCGGAGUCUGGGGCCCCAACGGACAUGGCGAGGGGCCACGACAUCCGCAUCACCAACGG